AUGGAUGGAGCCCCAUCCCACGAAUGCCGAAUGGGGCCGACCGCUGGCAGUUACAACAGCGGAACACUUGUCUGGCUUCCUCACCCGAAACUCGUCUGGAUUGGCGGCCAACUCCUCGAGGAUUUCAAGCCGGACCAGCGCUCUCUGAAAAUACGCCUCGAAGAUCACGAUCAGACGAUUAUCCAAAUCGACAUAAAAAAUGAAAAGGAUCUGCCGCCGCUACGCAACCCCGAGAUUUUGACGGGUGUAAAUGAUCUCACGAUGCUCAGUUACCUCCACGAACCGGCCGUGCUCAACAACCUGCAAUAUCGCUUCGUGACCCAAAAGCAUGUCUACACGUACUGCGGCAUCGUCCUCGUCGCUAUCAAUCCAUACGCGGAUUGUAGCCAUCUUUAUAAUGACAAUGCGAUGCAGGUUUAUCACGGAGUCGGCAAACAAGUGCGCGACCACGAUCCACAUAUCUUUGGGGUUGCUGAAGAAGCGUUCUAUGACCUAUGUGAAUACCAAAAGAAUCAAUCCAUCAUUGUUUCCGGCGAAUCCGGCGCUGGAAAGACCGUCUCGGCAAAGCAUUCUUCUUCAGAAUCGGCCGAUCGUUACCAUUACACCAAUGGAGGCGGAAAAACGACAAUCGACGGUGUUGACGAUCGCAUGGAGUUUGCUGAAACGGCGCAUCACAAUUCUCUGAUCGAGCAACUUUGUGAUGAUCUACUCCUGGUAGACGCCAAAGAACUGACUCGCUGGUUGACACAACGCGAGAUUCGGACAGCCAACGAGACUGUCAUCAAGCCACUGACGAAAGCGGAAGCGGUGCGCGGCCGGGAUGCUUUUGCCAAGAUGAUGUACUCGAACCUGUUCAACUGGAUUGUGCUGAAGAUCAACUACUCCCUGGCCAGCAAGGAGCAACCCUGGAAACGGCAACAGGAGAAAUUUAUUGGGGUCCUCGAUAUAUAUGGGUUCGAAACCUUUGACGUGAACAGCUUCGAGCAGUUCUGUAUCAACUACGCAAACGAAAAGCUCCAGCAGCAAUUCAACCAACAAGUCUUCAAACUGGAGCAAGAAGAAUAUGAAAGAGAAGAUUUGAGCUGGGUUCGCAUGGAAUUUUACGACAAUCAACCGUGCAUCGAGAUGAUUGAGGGCCGCCCGGGGCUGAUCGAAUAUCUGGACGAGCAGUGCAAGCUUUUGAAGGGAUCGGAUAGCGGCUGGCUGGAUCAACUGACCAACUGCCCAAAGCUGAAGCAGCACGGACAUCUUCAAAUGCCAAAAAUAAAGGCGCCGGCCUUCACCAUUCGCCACUUUGCCGCUGAUGUACUCUACGGAUCUGAGGGAUUUUUGGAGAAAAAUAAAGACAGUGUCGGGAGACAAAUCAUUGAAGUGAUGGCGUCCACAAAGAACCCAUUCCUACUAGAAGUCAUCAGCCCUUGCCUUGAAGAGAUUAUCGGCGCCCAGCCCAGGGGGAAAGUCGGCACGGCAAAGCGCACGGUGGCCAAUCAGUUUCGCGAUUCACUCCGAGAAUUGAUGGCUGUGCUGCAAGCAACAAGGCCUCACUACGUCCGUUGCAUAAAGCCGAACGAUGGCAAGGAGAGCUUCUACUUUGAGCCGCAACGCGCCAUUCAACAACUUCGCGCCUGUGGAGUCCUGGAAACUGUCAGAAUCUCGGCCACCGGAUACCCGAGUCGAUGGAUUUACGGCGACUUCGUGACGCGCUACCGUUUGUUGGCAUGGUCGAAAAACGUCGAUGAUGUGCGUCUUUUCACGAAAAAUUUAUGCACCGAGUUGCUUGAGACCGACAAAUUCGCUCUGGGUCGCACGAAAAUCUUCUUCCGCACCGGACAAGUGGCCCUGUUGGAACGGUUGCGCCAUGAAACACUCGGGCGAAAAUAUUAUGCGGAAAAGAAAUACCAGAAGCUGCGUACAACCAUCCUGGCUAUCCAGUCGCUGUAUCGAGCCAGCCAAGUCCGAGUCGAAUAUCAACGGAUGCGUUACGAGAAGAGCGCAAUUACGAUCCAGAGAUAUUUUCGUGGUUACCUGGUCAGACGCGACCACAUCUCCUACGUCCGGAAGGUCAUCAAGGUACAAUCGUGUGUGCGGCGUUGGCUUGCGAAACGGCGCUGGCGUGAAGCCAAGCUGGAAGCGCGCUCUGUUGGCCAUCUACAAAAGCUGAAUAUGGGAUUGGAGAACAAGAUCAUCGAGCUGCAGAUCAAGCUCGAUUCUGCGAUGACAAAUAAUGCAAAGAUACACACAUUAGAAGAGGAGAAGCGGGCGCUGGAGCGGAAGUUGAAGGAAGAGCGUGUGGCAGCUCAACUAGCCGAAACGGUUAACGCCGAACAAAUCCGCGACUUGCGCCAGUCGAUAGACGAGAUUAACGCCGAAUUAGCCACACUGCAAAGCGAGCGUCCCGGCUUCCUCCGCGCCCACGCUCGAAUGCUAAAGCUGGAAGAAGAAAUCGACGCAUUGCACACCCAACUGGAAAUGCAGGCCCGGCAAUUAAUGGAAGCGGAAGGGCGACGCACAGCGGCUGAGGAUGAGCUGGAAAUGGCUGCAACUCAUUUCAAGCACGCCUCUAUCACCUAUCAAGCCCAAAUCGCUGAAGCUCGUACGGGUGCGGAAGCAGCGUCUGCAGAACUUGAAGAAGUUAACCGAAAAAUGCGUGAAGAGGCCAUUCGACGUGAAAACGCGGAAAAGGACCUGGACGCCAUGCGCGAACAACUACUGGCAAAUACGAGCCUUCUGGCUGACGGGGCGAUCACCAUCAACGGGUCGGAAGGGCACGGUGCUCUCGGCUUCAUGGCUGACGAGCACCUCCCGAUCGUGUUGCGGCAACAAGGGGCCAUUCGACAGCUGCACAACCGCUGCGCGGCACUGCAACGCGACAAGGAACGCCUGCGCUCCGUCGUGCACUCCGAGGCGCUGCUCGGCGAAUUCGAAAACCGACCGUCGGUCAAGGCUGGCGAGGACCUGAAAUUGCAGGACUACCAGGCAAUGAACCGCAAGCUGCACGAUGAGAUCGAUCGGCUAGUGGCAGCCCAGUUCCCCAACGACAUCAAAGCCAAGGACAUGAUCGACCGGCUUUUCCAAGAUACUGAACGGUUGCGACAGGAAAAUUAUGAAUAUCGCGCGCUGCUGUGCAACAACUCGAAGAUGCGAUCAUCUCCACGCCCGGAUUCUGGUCACUGCUCUGCUGCGCAAUCCGAUGCGGGCAGCGAGUGCGAUCGGCCGGCCUAUGACCCUGCCGCGGAGAUGGAUGUGGAUCGACAGCUGCGCGCCUGCAAACGACAAAUCGAGAUGCUCGAACGGACGCGGAUGGAUCAAGAUCUGGAGAACGAGCGGCUCGUGCGACUUUUGGAUGUCGAGAUGAGAGAUGUUUGUUUUGGGCGAUUGAAGCCGCUGGAUUGCUCGGUUGAGGCAAUGCGUCUACAAAUCGGCGAUCUCAUCAUGCAGAAUCUGGAGCUCACCCAGAAAUAUCACCGUCAAGCCGACGAGCUGGCCGGGGUCAAGGCGCAACUUCACUCGGAUCCGGAAGAUUUGCGUGGCAACGACAACGUCCAGUCUCAAGUGAGAGCUGGAAAAGCCAUCCCCAACAAAUGGACCGACACGCCAGAUCCGCGUCGAGGGCUGGCCGAAGCUUCGGCUCGAGACACCCCACCCCAACUCGACUUCAGCGCCCUCCCCAGCGCCUCCGAAGACGAAGCCACCCCGACGCCAAAAACGUUCACUCGAUCUCCUUUCAUACAAGGCUUCGUUCAACUGUUCACCCACACCUGUCGCGCCUACUUCAGCCCCACCUCAACCACCUUCAACCGC